CUGCGAGGCCGCUUAGCCGGCGGUGGGAUAUCCCCCAAAACCGGGCCGUCGCUGGCUGGGCGGGACGUCAUGGUGUUGCCGUGAAGAUUGCUUGGGCCGGCAGCAUCAGCGACAGAGAUGUGGCUGUGGGCUGUUGUUUUUUCACGUGGGUUGGUGGCACGAACUCGGGCGGGUGUCGUUACUGGACGGGGCCCUUCGUUGUGCCUGAUUUGUCGGUCUUCAAUUGCUAUUUUCCCCGAGUUACGCGGAAGCUUGAGACGCGUGGACUUCGGCUUGGUAGAAAGUGAGCAGAGGUUGAGUGAGCGAGCGACGGGAGUGAAUGAGAACGCGGGAUAUUGACCAUCCAACCGAUAACUUUUUUGAUAAAAAAAGAAGCGCAGGAUGGUUAGAAGCAAAGUCGGAGGUAAACGAGGUUUGUUAGGUUGGACAGGAACGAGGCUCGGGAAGCAUUACGGCUGCCUCGUUGAAGAUGUCGAAGUCUGGGUUGCACUUUCCCGCCGGAGAUAGCUUCUGCACAGGAAGAACGACUCGGGAUACCUAGGUACCUUUUUAUCCUGUGCUAUAGCCAAGGGCUGCACGGGCG